UGUUGCUUUUUACUCUCAUUUCCCAAACCGAGCAGUCGUCGAUGAUCAUUCUCAUCGCCUUGAAUCUUGUGUUCUUCUAGAUCUCUUCCCCCCCCUCCUCUCCUCCACUUCUUCCCCUCCGAAGUGCCUUAUAGAGCGGGGGUGCUCCUUUGCUUAGCCGCUUUUCGAGAUCUCUUUUUUUUGUUUUGUUCCCUCAGGUCCUUCUGGGGAACCCCAUCUUUCUACAAGCUCCUUAAUCUUGGUGUCUACUGACUGAUAAUGAACUAAUACUCCCAACAUGCGCUCAGCUGCACCUACCACGAACUCUCCCAAACGGAGAGCUCUUCAUGAGCGCACCCCUUCCCAUACGAAUGAGAACUCCCCGCCUUCAUCCUUGCGAGCCGUCAGCGAAAAGUACAACGAUCAGCAAGAACCCGACGUGUACACCUCCACGCCUUACCCGACAAAGCCGGAGCAGAUCCUUUUACCGCGUCCUGGGAAAGGCCAAGAUUUCAUUCCGGACUCCCGCUUCCAUGUCGAUGAAGCGCCGGAUCACUAUCACGGAAAUACCUCCACGGAACUCAGCCACCUCGGUGAUAGCAGUUUGAUCGACCAGUCGGUUAGCGAUCCCUGGGACUUGUCUUCAACGUUCGAUGCCGCCAACACCCCGUCGCAGGUCUGGGAAGACGAUCCGUCCUCCAGCAAGUCUUCCUUUCCGGAGCCGGUCCUUCACGAAUCCAAGCCGACCGAUCAGAAAUCGGAUCAAGGUUCCGUCGCCGCGUACUCAGAUGAGGAGCCCAACAGCCUGCCCAGAGCCGUCCCAACGAUCAAAACCGUCGUAUCGCAGACGCCGUCACGCGUUCCCUCGGGCCCCGAGACUCUGGCUUCGAGCAACUCCAGCCCCAAUGUAGUGCCAAUUGGGCCGCCUUCCAGUCCGAAUUUCGUCGCGCUCGACAGCUCCAGUCUGAACUUCGUUCCUCUGGGUGCAUCAUCGAAUUCGGCCUCGAUCACCCGCUCGAAUUCCCUGUCCUCGCUAAACUCCCUGGGAACAGUGAUCCGGUACAUUGGAGCCGCUCAGUGGACGCAUGGCUCGUCUUCAGAACACUCCAGCUCGCGCUCGCGUUCGCAAUCGGUCCGCUCUAACCCUCCAUAUCGGGUGCCUUCCGUGCGAUCCAAUUCAACACAAGCUCGCGAACGCAGUCACUCUCGCUCUAUCACCUCGUCGUCGCGUAGCGGGCCGCCAUCAGACAUUCAAGCCAUCGUUGACAGCGGCGUAUUCAUCCAAUACCCGACCAUCCAGGCGCCAUCUUCGUCAAGCUCUAGAGUUGACGUGUCACAUUCGGAAGAAGAUGCAUCGGAUCAGAACCCACAAGAACCCACCACGGAUUUUUCUUCGGAGCGUUUCAGAACUCACCUGUCAACAGUUCCCUCCAUGUGGUCCGCCGAAUGUGACUCUAGAAGCAUUUCUCCGGCCGCCGACUCUGUCAACAGCCAGAUGGAUCCUAAACGGCCUUCUGCGGCGCUAGUCCGUCAAAGACCCACGUCGUCUUCGAUGUGGUUAGUGAGCGAUUCGGACGGUGAUGAGCGGAUGGACAAUCUUUCGAGUUUGCCAGCGCGUCCCACAAACCCGGCGGUUCCCUGCAGUGUUUCGUCGGAGUCCAGACAGAGCAGCAUGCGGAGCAACAUGCGGCCUCCCACCAGUGGAAGCUUUUCCUUCCACUUUCUGCCAAACUGGGCCAAAAUGUACUAUGGCGCUGGCGAGCAAGCCGAGGAUUCUGUCUUAUCUGGUGCGGAAAUCAGUCGGCCACCGUCUGCGCGCGCCUCUACCUCCCACACAAAUGCUCUCAACCGGUUACCGACCGCUACCAGCCGGACGAGGACGAGGACGUUUGGCAGCGAAAUGCGAGAAACCCUGCGGUGGAAACCUGACCCGCGCGAUCCACGGAACCACUGGGUAAGGGAUCCCGAAUCACAGACCCGGGAACCAUCCCGCAAUCGACUUCGACAUAGCUGGUCCCCUCAUCUAUUUCCCGACCGGCGCGCGGUUAAUCCGAGGAGAGGUACCUGGGGUGCACCGUCCCUGGAUUCAAGAACGGAACCACUCCUUGGACGCAGGAAUAUCCAAGUGUGGUCGUUCUGUGUUGGAUUUGUGUUUCCGCUCGCCUGGUUAAUCGCGUCAUUCCUCCCCUUACCGACCAAACCGGACGCUAUUCCAGAAGCCGACGUCGAGUCACAGCUCGAAAUGACGCUUCGAAUGCGAUUGUUCGAUCUGGAGACACGGCGACACGAAAACGCUCGGUGGUGGAGAAACCUCAACCGUUGGAUGAACCCUUUGGGGUUGGUGAUUAUCACCAUUGUUGUCACCUUGGCUGUUGUGGGUACCACAGUCGGCUUCUAGACCGGUACAUCUGGCUUCUAUAGCGUCAGCAUGUCCGUGUCUAGCUGUGCUCUUCUGUCCAUGACCUCCACGAUUAUUUGCUUGUACUACCAUUUCCCCCUUAUUC